UAGGGACCCAGGUCAUUGGUUUCCAUCUAUAAAUAGCUGUCUGUCCUGCAAAGCUUCCCACUCUUCUUCAAAACAAUAGCAAACAACUAGCAAAGUCAGAUAAAACAUUGCCCGUACGUCCUAUAAUGAAAGGAAUGCACUCUAUCCUUGCUGCUUUUGCCCUCUUGGCUUUUGCUUGCUCAUUAGCCUCAGCCUUUGACACCAGUCCUCUCCACGACUUUUGUGUGGCUAUCAAUAACACCGAGGAUGGCGUGUUUGUAAACGGGAACUUCUGCAAGGACCCGAGGCUUACAGUAGCAGAUGACUUCUUCUAUUCAGGCCUCAACAAGCCAGGAAACACAUCAAAUCUAGUUGGAUCAAAUGUCACUGCUGUCAAUGUUGACCAAAUACCAGGACUUAACACUCUUGACAUAUCUAUGGUUCGAAUCGACUAUGCGCCUUAUGGUGGCCUAAACCCUCCUCACACUCACCCUCGAGGAACUGAGAUCCUAGUUGUUGUAGAGGGCACACUUUACGUUGGCUUUGUUACAUCCAACCCAGAAAACCGUCUCUUCACUAAAGUCCUAUACCCUGGAGAUGUUUUUGUUUUCCCGAUCGGUUUGAUUCACUUCCAGUUCAAUAUAGGGGAAACAAAGUCUGUUGCCUUUGCUGGUCUCAGCAGCCAAAAUGCAGGGGCUAUCACUAUUGCUGAUUCAGUCUUUGGCUCAAACCCAACAAUCAAUCCGAAUGUUCUCACGAAGGCCUUCCAGUUGGACAAGACAGCGGUUACCUAUCUUCAGUCCCGAUUCGGAUCAGGUUAACAAGUAACUUAAAAGCCAAAUCAUAUUAUUCCACUUAGUAUGGUACCAUCGUACGAUAAACAGGCUGGUUGAUAAUGGACCUCUCCAUAGUCCAGUCUCCUCUCUCCUUGUGAUCUGAGAUCAUUUUAUGUAUGAAAAAACUAGUAUUGAAUAAAACCGUGUUAUCACUCACAAAAAUUUGAUUCAAAGUCUUUGAGGUAACAGAAGCCUUCAAGUUUACUUUUCUGUCACGUGUGAAAGCCUAACCAGGCAAAAUUCAAGUCAUUACUCUAAAAAAAAUUUUGAAUAUCAAGGAACAGUUCUCGGAGGUCAAUUCAAUUCAAAGUACCCCCGUUCAUUUUUCGCUAACUGAAGCGAUCAA